AUGGGGAAUUACGUUUCUUGUACAUUCGUGGCUCCCAGGUUGAGGAGUCCGAGAACAGCCAGGGUUAUUCUUCCGGGCGGCGAAAUCCGGCAGUUCCGGCAGCCCGUCAAGGCGGCGGAGCUGAUGCUCGAGUCUCCUACAUAUUUCGUCGUGAACUCGAGAUCAUUGAACAUCGGCCGGCGGUUCUCUCCGCUGUCGGCGGACGAGGACUUGGAGUUCGGAAACCUCUAUGUCAUGUUUCCUAUGAGGAGAGUUAAUUCGAUCGUCACGGCAGCUGACGUGGCGGUUUUCCUGAUGUCCGCUAACUCCGCCCCGAAGCGGAUAUCAUGCGUGAACACAGUGAAAGUAUCGCCGGAGGCGACGGGGACAAGGAAGGAGGAGGAAGGUGAAGGGAGUGAGAAUGGACGGCCGAGAUUGAUAGUGGAAGGCGUGGCGCCGGAAUAUAAGUAUAGGGUAGGGGGAUGCAGGUCAAGGAAACCAGUGUUGGAUACAAUUACUGAAGAACCAGUCUUUGUAAGAUGA